GGGCCGGUGGGCGGGCCCACUCCGGGCGGGGCCGGGACACGUGGUGCGGAACUGCGCAGCGCCGGCGGAACCGUCUGCCAUCUGCUCCAAAAAUGUCAGCCCUGAGUACUCUGUUUCAGUAUAUUGAUGAAAACCAGGAGCGCUACAUUAAGAAACUUGCAAAAUGGGUGGCCAUCCAGAGUGUGUCGGCCUGGCCCGAGAAGAGAGGAGAGAUCAGAAAGAUGAUGGAGGUUGCUGCCGCCGACAUCCAGCAGCUGGGGGGCUCUGUGGAACUGGUAGAUAUUGGGAAACAAAAGCUCCCUGAUGGCUCAGAGAUACCUCUUCCUCCCAUUCUGUUGGGCAAACUGGGCUGUGAUCCACAGAAGAAGACCGUGUGUAUUUACGGGCAUCUGGAUGUGCAGCCUGCGGCCCUGGAGGACGGCUGGGAUAGUGAGCCCUUCACCUUGGUGGAGCGAGAUGGCAAGUUGUAUGGGAGAGGUUCAACUGAUGAUAAGGGACCAGUGGCCGGCUGGAUGAACGCUCUAGAAGCAUAUCAGAAGACAGGUCAGGAGAUUCCUGUCAAUGUGCGAUUCUGCCUUGAAGGUAUGGAGGAGUCUGGCUCUGAAGGCCUGGAUGAGCUGAUUUUUGCCCAGAAAGACACCUUCUUUAAAGAUGUGGACUAUGUUUGCAUUUCUGACAAUUACUGGCUAGGGAAGAAGAAGCCCUGCAUCACAUACGGUCUCAGGGGCAUUUGCUACUUCUUCAUUGAGGUGGAAUGCAGUGACAAAGACCUCCAUUCUGGGGUAUAUGGCGGCUCAGUCCAUGAGGCCAUGACAGAUCUCAUUUCAUUGAUGGGCUGUCUGACAGACAACAAAGGGAAAAUCCUUAUCCCUGGCAUUAACGAGGCUGUUGCCCCCCUGACCAGUGAAGAGCACAAACUUUAUGACCACAUUGACUUUGACAUGAAGGAGUUUGCCAAAGACAUUGGGGUUCAGACCCUCCUCCACAGCUGCAAGCAAGACAUCCUGAUGCACCGAUGGCGGUACCCAUCCCUCUCCCUCCAUGGCAUUGAAGGCGCCUUCUCUGGGUCCGGGGCUAAGACUGUGAUACCUAGAAAAGUGAUUGGCAAGUUUUCCAUCAGGCUCGUGCCGAACAUGACCCCUGAAGUUGUCAGCGAGCAGGUUACAAGCUACUUGACUAAGAAGUUUGCUGAACUACACAGCCCCAACAAAUUUAAGGUGUACAUGGGCCAUGGUGGGAAGCCUUGGGUAUCCGAUUUCAACCAUCCACAUUAUAUGGCGGGGAGAAGAGCCCUAAAAACAGUUUUUGGUGUUGAACCAGACUUGACCAGGGAAGGUGGCAGUAUCCCUGUGACCUUGACCUUCCAGGAGGCCACAGGCAAGAACGUGAUGCUCUUGCCAGUGGGGUCAGCAGAUGAUGGUGCUCACUCUCAGAAUGAAAAGCUCAACAGACAUAACUAUAUAGAAGGAACCAAGAUGCUGGCUACGUACCUGUAUGAAGUGUCUCAGCUGAAGGACUGAGAGACCCAUUUUCCAUGGAGUGCCAUGUCUGACCAGAAGGAAACCCACCUCUGCCCUCUGUCCUUACCCUUGCCAUUUCUGACUAGCCUAAGAAAGUGGAAGUUCCUUCUCCUUUCUCUUGUCAGAUCAUGUACAGACUUCCAAGAAGGGCCACUUGUCCAGCUGUUGGGUAGGUGGCAUUAGGUGUGCACAGCAGUUGGGACCAUUUAUUCCAGGAGGCUUGUCAGGAGCAGCUGGCUGACCGCUGGGUAGAUUCUCUGAAGUGGCCAGUGUGACUCAACCCCCAGAAAGCAAAAGCCCAUGAGGUUCAAAAGCUCUGUAUGAGGUGUUGGCUGUCAUGGGGUUGGGAUAAACUGGACUUGUUGCUUUCUGCCUGUGUUCUGCCUUCUCUGUCAAGUAACUCACUUUAGAUACUCAGAAAGGAGAUAAAAAAGUUCAGGGGCUUCUUACACCAUGACAGCUCCCUUUGUAAUCUCUUGGUGUCAUAUUUGAUCCUGUUCUUUCACCUGACUUAGGCCAUCACCUGUGUUCUAUCUGUUACCAGACUUCAGAACCCAACCUAAUAGUCCUCGUGGAAGGACUGGCCCAUCUCAGUCUGUGUUGCUCAAAUAAAAGCAAAAAUGAAGCCUCCGAGGGAA